UCAAUCGCCAUUCAAAGAGAGUGCUUGUGUGAUUUCGAGACCAAGUGCCAGCAGAAGAGAGCGACAAAACUCAACUCGCAAAAUUGUGUGAAGAUCGGCAGUUUAUUUAUUGACCCUUUUGGAUAGAAGACAGAGACACGAUGCAUCGCGCAAGGACUGCACUGCAGCUAAUCAGCCAUCCUGUUGGGCAGCAAAAUUUCGGCUCGUGGUUGAUUCGGAAUCCUUCUGCUAAGUUAAAUGGCGAACUCAUAGCAGCAGCAUCGGUUAAAUUAUAUAAUUCGGCGGCGGCCGAGCCUUUUUUAAAUGGCUCAUCGUCUAACUACAUUGAUGAUAUGUACAAUGCCUGGCUGAGGGAUCCGGCUUCGGUGCAUGCCUCAUGGGAUGCCUACUUUCGUAAUAACGCGUAUGAAGCCCCGCCAUCCCUAGCGCCGAUACCAAGAAACCAUGUUCCUGCAUCUCAGUACCUUGGCAGUUCCUUACCCGCUGUAGCUGGCGGUGCCGGUAUCGUAGGUGGUCGCAUUGACGAUAAAUUGAUCGACGACCAUUUAGCCGUACAGGCUAUCAUUCGAAGCUAUCAGUCUCGAGGCCAUCUGGUUGCGGAUUUGGAUCCGCUGGGUAUUCUCAAUUCCGACAUUAAAAGGGAUCCGGAAUAUAACCUACGCGCAAACGAAAGAGUCACCCGUACUUACAUGCAAUUCGAGGAAGCAGACAUGGAGCGUGUCUUCAAGCUUCCGAGUACGACCUUCAUCGGCGGUAAGGAAAAGUUCUUGCCACUGCGUGAAAUUCUCGGUCGGUUGGAGCGCGCAUACUGCAACAAAAUUGGCGUUGAGUUUAUGUUCAUCAAUUCGCUCGACCAGUGCAACUGGAUUCGCGAACGCUUCGAAACGCCCAACAUUAUGACGUACACGAACGAAGAAAAGCGACUGAUUCUGGCUCGGCUGACCCGUGCCACCGGAUUCGAGGCGUUCUUGGCGAAAAAGUUCUCUUCGGAAAAGCGCUUCGGUCUCGAAGGCUGUGAAAUUAUGAUUCCAGCGAUGAAGGAAGUGAUUGACGUUUCCACCAAGCUGGGUGUUGAGUCGAUCAUCAUGGGAAUGCCGCAUCGCGGUCGGUUGAACGUGCUGGCUAACGUCUGUCGCAAACCGUUGAAUCAGAUCUUUUCCCAAUUUGCUGGCUUAGAAGCAGCUGAUGACGGCUCUGGUGACGUGAAAUACCACUUGGGUACGUACAUUGAACGGUUGAACCGUGUUACGAACAAAAACAUUCGUCUGGCUGUCGUUGCCAAUCCCUCUCAUCUGGAAGCUGUAGAUCCAGUGGUGCAGGGCAAAACCCGUGCCGAACAAUUCUACCGUGGCGACGGUGAAGGCAAAAAGGUAAUGUCUAUCUUGCUGCACGGUGAUGCUGCCUUCUGCGGUCAAGGUGUUGUAUACGAGACGAUGCACUUGUCAGAUCUUCCGGAUUAUACCACCCAUGGUACAAUUCAUAUUGUUGUAAAUAACCAGAUUGGUUUCACAACUGAUCCUCGUCACUCGCGUUCAUCGCCGUACUGUACAGAUGUGGCACGAGUUGUGAAUGCUCCGAUUUUCCACGUAAAUUCAGAUGAUCCUGAAGCGGUCAUGCACGUUUGUCGGGUAGCUGCUGAAUGGCGUACAACCUUCCAUAAGGAUGUCGUUAUCGAUUUGGUUAGCUAUCGCCGGAAUGGACACAAUGAAAUUGACGAGCCGAUGUUUACCCAACCUCUUAUGUACAAAAAGGUGCGAAGUAUCAAGCCGGUUUUGGAUAUUUACGCUAACCAACUGAUUACUGAGGGCGUUGUUACUGCAGAAGAAGUUAAAAGCGUUAAGGAUAAGUAUGAGAAGAUUUGCGAUGAAGCAUUUGAGCAAGCUAAGAGUGAGACACACAUCAAGUACAAGGACUGGUUGGACUCCCCGUGGUCUGGUUUCUUCGAAGGCAAGGACCCGCUGAAGGUUGCUCCAACUGGAGUUAUUGAGGAAACGUUGGUUCAUAUUGGAAAUCGGUUUUCUUCUCCCCCUCCAAACGCUGCAGAAUUUGCCAUUCACAAAGGUUUAAUGCGUGUCCUGUCGGCUCGCAAGGAAAUGGUUGAUAACAAAACGGUUGACUGGGCUCUGGGAGAGGCUAUGGCAUUUGGAUCGUUAUUAAAGGAAGGUAUUCAUGUACGUCUUUCUGGUCAAGACGUCGAACGUGGUACUUUUUCGCAUAGGCAUCAUGUCCUGCAUCAUCAGACUGUUGAUAAAGCUACGUACAGACCGUUGUGUCACCUUUACCCCGAUCAGGCACCUUACACCGUUUGUAACAGCUCUUUGUCAGAGUUCGGUGUACUUGGAUUCGAGUUAGGUUACUCCAUGACUAACCCGAAUGCACUAGUCAUUUGGGAAGCUCAGUUUGGUGACUUCAACAAUACCGCCCAGUGUAUUAUCGAUCAGUUUAUCUCUUCUGGUCAAGCUAAAUGGGUUCGCCAAAGCGCUCUCGUCAUGUUGCUACCGCACGGUAUGGAGGGUAUGGGUCCUGAACAUUCGUCAGCUCGUGUUGAACGAUUCCUGCAAAUGAGCUCCGAUGAUCCUGACUACUUCCCACCGGAGUCCGAAGAAUUUGCAAUUCGUCAGCUACACGAUAUUAACUGGAUAGUGGCAAACUGUUCGACACCGGCCAACUAUUUCCAUAUCAUGCGCCGACAGAUUGCUCUACCGUUCCGCAAACCGUUGAUUCUCCUCACACCAAAGUCGCUGCUGCGUCAUCCGGAAGCAAAGAGUCCGUUCAGCGAAAUGGUCGAUGGAACAGAAUUCCAAAGGAUUAUUCCCGACGCUUCGGCAGCUUCACAGAAUCCGUCUAAAGUGAAGAAAUUGAUAUUCUGUUCCGGACGUGUGUAUUAUGACAUUCUGAAGGCUCGUCGCGAACGUCAACUCGAAUCCGAAAUAGCCAUCUCACGAUUGGAACAGAUAUCCCCAUUCCCGUACGAUCUUAUCAAGGCUGAGUGCGCUAAAUACCCGAACGCUGAGCUGGUCUGGGCUCAGGAAGAACACAAAAAUCAAGGCUACUGGACGUACGUUGAGCCACGUUUCGACACUGCAAUCAACUCGACACGUGACCUCAGUGUGCAAGAGAAGUAUGUGCUGCAGAAAUCAGCCCAAGGAUUCGACCUUUCCCAAGGCUCCUUCAAUGCACCGUCUGAAGAUAUCCCGAAAGGUCGCAAAGUGAAAAUCUCAUCGAGACCACUUAGCUACGUGGGACGACAUUGUGCAGCAUCGACGGCCACUGGUUCCAAGGCGCAACACACCAAGGAAUUGAAGAAUCUGCUGGAUCACGCCAUGGCCUUGUAAACACACACACACUUUCUUUUCUUCUGAUUCGAUCCACACCCGUCUAUCCUGGUGUCUACUACUAUUCCUAUUAGUAAUCACGACUAGUAGUGCAUGUAAAGCAGUUAAAAAAGUGCUACUAAAGAAACUCUUUUGUUUAUAAGAUAGGUAUUUAUUCAAAAAUAAAAGUACAGUAGUAAUAAGAUUUGAUUCGAUAUAAAUCGAAAAAGUUAUUUAUUUUUUACUGUAAAUCAGCGAAAAUGAAUCAAACAGGUUUUAUAUCGUUUAAGAACUAAGCUUCAAUGGCAAACUAAGUAUGUAAAAUAAAUAUCUUCAUAGUGCUAGUUUGUAGUAAAAUGUCACUUGAAAUAUAAAUAUGAAAAACAAAAAUGCAAACUGAUAGAACGAUAAACUUUUGAACAAGACUUUUGCAAUGUUCACCCUCGAAAAUCAUACAAUGAUUAGAGCGAUAGUCCAAGAGCUGCAAUUAGCCUGAUACAAAACUUGGACACAAUGUUUAUAAGCCUUCCACACUGUAAAAUAUUACCAACGCAGUUGAAGGAUUAUUGUUAAAAAAUUGCACUCUCUCAAUGCUUUGUUUGUAUAAUUUAACAACUUGUGCAUGCAUGUUUUCCCUAUGCUUAACAUUAGAUUUUUACAGCACAAAAUGUGCAAAGUUACGACAUACUUAGACCAUGCAGGCACUUUGAUAGAAUAUGCCGCAGAAAGUUUUCCGUUUCCCUUACACAACACUUGAAUCAAGCAAAAAUUUUCACCAAUAUUAACGUCUAAACCCAGUCUCAAACAAACUGCAAACUACUCAGUUUCGUUUUUUGAUUAUCGGAAAUAUUGCAAAUUUUUUUUUUUUUUUCAUUAAAACUUUCAUUAUACCAAUUUUGGCAGUUUACUAGUUUUAGUACCUAAAUUAUUUCGUUGAUAGACUGCACCAUGUAUAUGUCAAUAAACUCCUUUCCUUAACCGUUGAACUCUGUCUAUAAUUUUUUGAGUGAAUGAAGAAAAACGAAAGUGUCAAACGGAAAAUAUUCAAAAAAGAAUAAAAGUUUGAAACCAAGGUAUUUGUAAAGUGCCGCAAGUAUUUUUCUCUGUCGCUAUUUUAUAUAUCACAUUUUCUGUUUUUUUUUGUUUUGUCUUACUGAAAGAGGUGUACCGUUAACAAACAAAAAUAUUUUAUUUACAUUCAAUCUCCUAAAUGAUAGAAAUUUGAAAUGAAAACUACAGUCUAGAAAAAUUAAGUACCUAAUAUAUGUUGUGCAAUGAAGUAAGUCGGUCAUGGACGAUAAAUGUUGUACAUAUACACCACACUAUAUAACAAUGCACUGUACUGUAACUGAACAGCUAUUUCAUUUGUACAUUGAUGAAACUACGCUGAUUCAACAGCAACAACGGUUACUCAUUAGUAUCACAUGUCUAUAUUUUGGGACAGAUUCUUACACUGUUAGUAUAUUGCACUGCACAAUAUUGUUACAUAUAUAGCUAUUUAGAGAACCGCACCAAGAAUAAAGUGAUAUGUGCAAA